GAGGCAGCGGGGGGGAGAAGGGCGGGGAGCCGCCGCAGCAGUUUCUACAAGCCGGAACAACAGCAGCUACUACAACAUGGUGCGGUGACAGCACUCCUGGACGCCGAGCGAGGAGAGGACGCAGAGUUUAAUACAGUAACACGAAGGACACGAGAGAUACCUGAAGUGCCACCAUGAGCCGGCGGCGCGCGGACUCUCAAGGGUCCCUGGGGCCUGAUGAUGAGGUCAUGCCGUACAGUGACGAUGAGACCGAUGACGAACUGGAGGCGAGCUCUGAAGGGGAAGCGGAGGAACCACCAGGAGUUGUGCAUGUUCCUGCUGAGGCCAAACCCAGCGAAAUUGGCUGGAAGGUGAAAGCUAAUGACCGACCGUACCACCACAUGCCAGAGUUCCAGAAAAAGAUUUUCCUGUGCAUCAAGAAGAGCAGAUAUUCUGGAAACGCGAUCAGGACGUACAAGUACAAUGUUCUCACUUUCCUCCCACUGAAUCUGUACGAGCAGUUUAAGAGAGUUGCCAACCUCUACUUCCUGGCUCUCCUCAUUUUACAGAUUGUUCCAGACAUUUCCACUCUUCCCUGGUACACCACACUGAUCCCGCUGGUCGUGGUGCUGGCGAUCACUGCCAUCAAAGACCUGGUAGAUGACCUGGCUCGGCACAGGAUGGAUAAGGAAAUUAACAACAGAAAGUGUGAAGUUCUGCUCAACGGCAGGUUUCAGGAAUCGAAGUGGAUGGAUAUCCAGGUUGGAGACGUGGUUCGUCUGAAGAAAAAUGAUUUUAUUCCGGCUGACAUGCUGCUGUUAUCGAGCUCUAACCCAAACAGUCUGUGUUAUGUGGAAACUGCUGAGCUUGACGGAGAAACCAACCUGAAAUUUAAACUGGGGCUUAGAGUGACUGAUGAGAGGCUUCAGGAGCAGCAUCAGCUGGCUGAGUUUGAUGCGCUGAUCGAGUGCGAGGAGCCAAACAACCGUCUGGAUAAGUUUACGGGAACCAUGCGGUGGCAGGGCGAGCGCUACCCUCUGGACCUGGACAACAUGCUGCUCCGAGGCUGCAAGAUCAGGAACACGGAAACCUGUCACGGGCUGGUUAUCUUUGCAGGAGCCGACACCAAAAUCAUGAGGAAUGGAGGCAAGACGAGGUUCAAACGGACCAAAAUAGAUGAACUGAUGAAUUACAUGGUUUACACAAUCUUUGUCCUGCUGCUGAUGGUCUCCUUAGGUCUGGCCAUUGGUCAUGGCUUCUGGUACCAAGAUAUUGGCUCCAAGUCCUGGUACCUGUUUGACGGGAAAUCCCAGAGUGCUGCCUACAGAGGCUUUCUCAGCUUCUGGGGCUACAUUAUUGUUCUCAACACCAUGGUUCCCAUUUCACUAUAUGUCAGUGUGGAGGUGAUUCGACUGGGCCAGAGUAAGUUCAUCAACUGGGACCUGCAGAUGUACUAUGCGGAAAAAGACACUCCAGCGAAGGCCAGAACCACUACACUAAACGAGCAGCUGGGACAGAUUGAAUACAUCUUCUCUGACAAGACGGGAACUCUGACGCAGAACAUCAUGCAGUUCAAGAAGUGUAGCAUCUCUGGACACAGCUACGGUGACCCGACUACGGCUGAAGGAGUGUCGUUGGACAGAGGAAGGCCUGUGGACUGGGAAUGGAACCGCUACGCUGACAAGAAGUUCCAGUUCAUGGAUAAUUGUCUGGUCGCCCGUGUCCGAGCCAGGAAAGAUAAAGAUGCUACGGAGUUCUUCAAGCUGCUGUCUCUCUGCCACACUGUGAUGGUGGAGCACAAAGAUGAUGAGCUGGUGUACCAGGCAGCGUCUCCUGAUGAGGGCGCCCUGGUGACGGCGGCCAGGAACUUCGGCUACGUCUUCCUGUCGCGUACGCAGGACACCAUCACCAUCUGGGAGAUGGAUCAGGAGGCAACAUACGAAAUGUUGGCGCUUCUUGACUUUAAUUCUGACCGAAAGCGCAUGUCUAUCAUCUUGAAGUUUCCUGACGGCCGUAUUCGUCUCUACUGCAAAGGAGCCGAUACCGUCAUCUAUGAGCGCCUCUCUCCUUCCUCCAGGCACAGGGACACCACUCAGACUGCCCUGGACCUGUUUGCCAAUGAGACCCUGCGGACCCUGUGUCUGUGUUACAAAGACAUUAGCAUAGAUGAUUAUAAUGCGUGGGCCAGGAAACAUAAGGAAGCUCAGCUGGCUUUGAGUGACCGCGAUGCUGCCCUCGACCGGGUGUACGAGGAGAUCGAGAAAGACCUCAUGCUCAUCGGAGCUACAGCCAUAGAGGACAAACUGCAGGAUGGAGUGCCGGAGACCAUCGCCAAGCUCGCCAAGGCUGACAUCAAGCUCUGGGUCCUGACUGGUGAUAAGAAAGAAACGGCAGAAAACAUUGGAUAUUCCUGUUCACUCCUGACAGACGACAUGAAGAUCCACUAUGGAGAAGAUGUCAAUGAGAAACUGACCGUUCGACAGUCUCAACGCAGAAAUGAUCCCACUGCUUCCCUUCGAAACAAGAAGAAACCUGCCGAACCCUUCUUCACUGAACCGGGCAAAAAUGCUCUGAUCAUCACUGGAGGGUGGCUGAAUGAGAUUCUGUAUGAAAAGAAGAAGAAACGCCGUCGCCUGCGUCUCCGGCGUCUGGGCCGGCGACCGCCUCCCAGCAGCCCUCAGGACGGACAGCCGCUGAACGACAAGGAGAAGGAGCAGAGACAGAUCGACUUCGUGAACAUGGCCUGUGAGUGCGAGUCCGUGAUCUGCUGUCGCGUCACACCCAAGCAGAAGGCCAACGUUGUGAGUUUAGUGAAGAAGUACAAGAAGGCCGUAACGCUGUCCAUCGGAGACGGAGCCAACGACGUCAAUAUGAUCAAGACUGCAGACAUCGGGGUCGGGAUCAGCGGCCAGGAGGGCAUGCAGGCCGUCAUGUCCAGUGACUACGCCUUCGCCCAGUUCCGCUACCUGCAGCGCCUCCUGCUGGUGCACGGACGCUGGUCCUACAUUCGCAUGUGCAAGUUCCUGCGUUACUUCUUCUUCAAGAACUUCGCCUUCACUCUGGUCCACUUCUGGUACUCCUUCUUCAGCGGGUACUCCUCACAGAUCGCCUUCGAGGACUGGUUCAUCACUCUCUACAACCUCUGCUACAGCAGCUUACCUGUGUUACUCGUUGGGCUUCUUGACCAGGAUGUUAAUGACAAGCUUAGCCUGAAGUUCCCUCAGCUCUACCUGCCCGGCCAGCAGGGGACGCUGUUCAACUACAAGAACUUCUUCGUCAGCUUGUUCCACGGCAUCUUUGUGUCCCUCAUCAUCUUCUUCAUCCCCUACGGCGCCUUCCUGCAGACGAUGGGGCAGGACGGAGAGGCCCCCUCUGACUAUCAGUCCUUUGCCGUUGUUGCCGCCACGUCUCUCAUUUUCACAGUGAACUUGCAGAUUUCUCUGGACACGUCCUUCUGGACCUUCGUCAACUGCUUCGCAGUCUUGGGCAGCAUUGCCAUCUACUUCGGCAUCGUCUUUGACUUCCACAGUGGCGGGAUUCACGUCAUCUUCCCGUCUGUGUUUACCUUCACUGGUGUGGCUUCGAAUGCUCUGCGGCAGCCGUACCUGUGGUUGACCAUCAUCCUCACUGUGGGCAUCAGUUUGCUGCCAGUCAUCUGCAUCCAGUUCCUCCAUAAAACCAUCUGGCCCUCAGAAGGAGACAAGGUCCAGAAAUACAGGAAGAAGUAUGAGCUGGAGCUGCAAGAGGAGGAGAAGAAGAAGGCGCCGGCCUUCCAGCGCGGCGGGCGCUCUCGCCGCUCCUCUUACGCCUUCUCCCACUCGCGUGGCUACGCUGACCUCAUCGCUUCGGGACGAAGCAUCCGCCGGCGCCCGCAGGCCCGUGGCGGCCUACCGAGCAGCAUCAGGGAGGCUGCACAGGGAGAGGCUGAGAACUUGUGAUGGAGGCAGAGAGGAACUGCAGGGGAUGAAACGGUGGUGUGACAGUGCAGGCAGCGCUCGGUUUGUGUUGUUUUACUUCUGAUGAGCUGCUGCUGAGUCGAUCCAGAACAUCAGGAGCUUCCCACACAUUAGCCUAGUGUGAGUUUAGAGGAUCUUGCACUUGACGGGGUCCACGUGCCUUAGGAGGAGCCGUAUCCUAUCCUUGCUCAUGUUGAUGGGAUUCUGCUGCAGACGGUGAUGUUGUCUCCAGUUCUUGUCUGAAUAAGCUCAUAGAAGGCGUGAGCACCGUUACUGGGGUCAAUUCACACAGCGACUGUUUAAUGUCAUUUAACUCAGGAUUUUAAAAAUAAAAGCUUUAUUUUUAGCCAGUUGUACUUUUUACCUUUACAGUUGUAGCCUGUCUGUGCAGGACAUACGUAUGCAUUAAUCCAUAUUUACGUGACAUUUACUAGUUUAUUCUGUAUCCUAAGGCCUAAACCCCAAACAAUGAGCUCCACAUUUAAAGAGACUAAAGCGUGUUGAGGUCUGGUUGUGAUGUUACUGCGCCAGGAGUUUGGAAGUUAAUUUAUAGACAUGACUAGUGAUGCUCUCCUGCUGUAAACUGCUACUUUUGAGGGACUUGGAUGGAUGAGACUCCUAAUGAUCAUAUGUCCUUCAAUGUUCUCUAUCUCGCAUAUCUGUUUGUAUUGUUUGUUGUAACAUAAUUAUGCAAAGACUCUGCAAUGAGCUUGUGUGUCUUCCAUCAUCAGCAGCGGAAAGUCUUUGCACUUUGCACAAUGUAAAUUUUAGAGCUUUUACUGUAACUGGGAAAGGAGGUCUUGGUUUGAGUCUGAGUUUAUUCUCUUGUACUGUUUAAUCUUCUUGGAUGUUAAAUCACACGUUGUUGUCCUCAAAACAUGAAGAUUUUUAGAGGACUUUGUUUGUUGCUGUUUACAAGGAACCCGCUGUAAUCUGAUUGAGGACAUCUGUGCGAAGCCAAAGCUCAUGCGUUCUGACUGUUACCGUAUCUGCUACAUUCUCGUGUUACUACAGCACAAAUAACGUCUUUUUAAUACUGAGUGACUGCAGCAGGUCACUGAUGGAGGCUGCUGAUCGUAGCAGCAGCAGCACUUGAUGGCAUUUUAUCAUGUGGUUGUUAAUAAAAGCCAAAGGCACAUUUAGCAAUCAAAUGAGUUUUUAUGUGAAUAUAGUGCAGCUGCUUUUUAGUGUCAUGUCGAAAUUCUGUUCAAAUAGGAAACAAAGCACAAAAGAUGUGAAAAAAACACAAAUAAAAGUUCAUGCCAUUAAAACAAGAUGACAUCAUCACUACAAUGUGA